AUGGCCGCCAGCCCAGCGCUCUCGCCGGCUCAGGCCCACGCCCUCUUCGACAUCCUAACCCACCAUGAGGUCUACGGCGAAAUCGAAAAUUUUAAAUGGCCCGAUGCCAUCCACCACUAUGGUCACCCUUUUCGUAAGGACGACGCUCAGCCUUGCACCUCGCCCGUCUUGCAGGCGCUACUCAACAAAUUCGCCCUCACUCUGCCGGGUCUCUCUAGCGUAGAGGAAGUCUUCUGGAAGGAGCGCAUCCAGACUAUCGUCGAGAAACUCGGCGCUGCAGAACUUUCCGAGAGCUAUGACAAGGGCUCUGUCGGUCUGCGCAAGACCCUGGCAACCGCCAUUUCCGCCCUGAUCGAGUAUCCUGCAAAGGGCGCGCUUGGUGGCUUCCCAAUUAAGGAUGUCCAGCUCGACCGCCGCUACGACACCUCCAAGCCUGAGGACGUCAUGCAAGCCUGGGACGAUUUCCUUCAACAGCUGGUCUAUGGCGGCAUGAUUGACCAACUAUUCACCAAGUGUGCCGAGACUGACACCCUGGACGGUCAUUCGCCUUUGGUUCAAGCUGCUCACGAGUUUAUUCUUGUCAACCUUGCUUCCAUCAUACACCACAUCUUCGUCAUCUCUCCAGAUGGCCAGGGCCUAUUACGGAUUCUCUCCAAUGUUCAUAAACUCAUUCCGUAUAGCAUCAUCCGCCAAACCCUUCGCGUGGGCAACGCCGCUACCAUGAUCAAUGGAAUGGUCAGGCUUGUCCUCGCAAAGUUCAGUGUCGGCACUCUCACAAACUGGGUAGGCCUGAGUAAAAACGCAGACGAAGGCCAGAAUUUGCUUCAGUCCAUCAUCUCUACCGUUCUUGCGUGGGACUCCUCGGAAUUGCAGAAGCAAAUCAGCAAAAUCGAGAAAAUGAAAGAAAAGGAGAGGCCGAGCGACGAGCAUCUCGAAGCCAUAAAGUCCCAUCUGCAAUUGACCCGAGAGGAGAGGGAGAGGCGCAGGGCGAAAAGCAAGGACACUCCAAAGUCCAUAACUGCCGUGAUUUUUGAAGAGCAGAAUCUGUCCACAAAUCUACCUGAUUCGCACCAGCAUCUGGCACAGGCGUAUCUCAAGGCUCAAUUAUCAAUUCGUGACCGCGAGCAACUUGUCCAAGUCCUUUGCCGCCAACAACCAGACCACCUCACUGAGGCUAUCCGCGAUCUCGUCAACGCUUAUGACCCCAUCAUCCGAGGCGUGCACAAUGCAGUAGACUUGAGUGCGGGCUUGACUGACCUUGAGAAUUUCUUGAACGAUUUGAUCAAGGUCGCAAAACUCCCUUCGCCAUCCAAGAGCAAAGACAAAGCAAAGCAACCGCCGACGGUUGAGGAUUUUGUAAAGCUCUUGAAGAAACAUCAAGGCUCCUGCCAUCGUUUCCUUCACCAGAUCGCAAAGAAUGGCCCGGAAGUCACCGAAUGGUUCCGCCAAUACGCCUUGAAGUUUAUUUCGCAAUUCCAAAGGGCAACCGAUUCGCCCGAUGGUGCCGGUGCCAUGAACUCUACUCUUAAUUCCCUGUUCGGUAAACUUUCCGUCGAAGAUCGCGAGGCGUCUGCCAAAGCACUGGACGCACAUUCGAAGUAUCUUACCCAUCUUCACGAGUCCUCAGCCGCUCGCAUGAGGUCAAUCCUUUCCUGCUCAUCCCGAACGGAACAUGGCCCCGGAAUGUACAUUGCAAAAUGGCUCGAGUUGGUGGGGUCGACGCCCAUCACGCCAGCCACCACCAACGGUCCUUUACGUUUCGGGAAGAAUAAGGAUGUCCAGGAAGCCGCCCAGGUUGAUGUGGAUGGCGAGAGGAAAGGUAGAAUUGCGUUGCAGACAGAUGCAAAGGGUGACGAUGCCAUACCCGAAGCCCCAGAUGUGGAGAACAUUGUCAAACUCUUGGUACCGGAGUACCGGAAGGCGCUUGCGGGGGAGAUUGCAUAG